CACAUGAUGGGGCAGAGACAGAUUCCUCCAUACAGGCCGCCGCAGCAAGGCCCACCACAGCAGUACUCAGGCCAGGAAGACUAUUAUGGGGACCAAUACAGUCAUGGUGGACAAGGUCCUCCAGAAGGCAUGAACCAGCAAUAUUACCCUGAUGGAAACUCGCAAUAUGGUCAGCAGCAAGAUGCAUAUCAAGGACCACCUCAACAGCAGGGUUAUCCACCACAGCAGCAGCAAUAUCCAGGCCAACAAGGCUAUCCAGGACAACAGCAGGGUUAUGGCCCCUCCCAGAGUGGGCCAGGACCUCAGUAUCCCAAUUACCCACAAGGUCAAGGCCAGCAGUAUGGGGGAUACAGACCCACACAGCCUGGGCCACCACAGCCACCGCAGCAGAGGCCUUACGGAUACGACCAGGGUCAGUAUGGAAAUUACCAACAGUGAAAAAGUACUCACAUUCCGGUAGGCUAUGUCUAUUAGCAGCCAUAUUGUCUCCUCAGCACUGUGGACAUCUUCCUGAGAUGAGAACCUCUCAUUCCACCUAGCUUUUGGGAAAAUCUUGUGGCUGUUUUAUGGUAUACAGUCUUUAUGGGUUAACUGUUAAAAGACUGUAGAUUCUCAGCAACUGAUUUCACAUCUCUACUCUAGAUGGCAAUAUUGGACAGAAAAUAAGUGACAUAACAAUUUGCAGUGAGUUGAGAACUGUAUGUCAAAUAGACUGUUACAGACCGAAAGGUGCGAACAGCUUUGUAUGUUUAUGAAGGUUAUGGGAAUUUAAUAUUUUUUCCACAGAUUUUUUUUGUAGGGGGAAAGGGGAAAUGCACACUUUUUACAGCAGCAAUAUUUUGUAUAUUAUGUUUUUCAUGCGGUGAAUAUGCAAGACAGUACACUACUCGCUGAGCAGGAUGAGAAAUCUACUGUUAAAAAUAGGCUGGGGUAUGAUAAGUGCUUGAUUGUACAAGUCUCAAUGGUGUACAAUAAAAAUAACGGUGAAAA